AUGGGGACUGGAUGGGAAUUAACUCAGGCACUCAAAGAUCAAAUCUACAAAUAUGCAUCUUACCAUCAAACUCCCAUAUCACUAAGACAGAUGGUACAGUUUGGCCCUACUCCAUCGCCAGGAUCCAUUUUCCUUGCCUCAAAAUUUGUAGUUGAGGAGUUGCCCAUUAGAUUGGCCAAGAAAGUCAAGGAUUUAGAUAACGCUCCGCUAGGUUUGAAUAAUCUGCCGCUGACUAUAAAAGUGAAGAAUUGGUAUGCCCAAUCUUUUCAAGAAUUGACUGAAUUGCAAAAGCCGGAAAUUGAUGAAAAUUUAAAAAAGUUGUUAUACAGCACCGGAACCCCAACGUUGAUUCCUGCAGGGAAUGUAGAAGUGCUACAGCAGCAGCAGCAGCAGCAGCAACCACCUUCUCCUGAAAUUCACACAAUUAGCAAUGGUACUGACCUGCUAGUGGACAACCCUGCAAUUAAUAAUAUAUUCAGUGAUGAUGGAAUCGUUGUCCGACAUCAUCAUCACCAUAACAACGCCAAAUCCAAACUGAAGGAACCUCAGGAAGACUUGAUCAACAAAACACUAUCCCCGACAUACGGAAUGAAAUAUUUCCAACCAUGUCCAGUAAACAUCAUCUGGCCCAAGGAAGUGUACGAUUAUAACAAACUAGUAUGCCAAGCGCUCGAGAAAAUCAAGAAAAGACACGAUGCAACAGUAGCAACAAUGGCUCAGGGUGUCAAAGAAUGGAAGAGUGAAAAUCACACCAUUUUGGUCAACUCACAAAUACAAACUUUUCUUGAUAGAUUUUAUAUGUCGCGUAUUGGUAUACGAAUGUUGAUUGGCCAACAUAUUGCUUUAAACAUGGCCCAGAACUCUCCAACAAAGCAGAGAAUCAGCAAUGUUCUUAAUGGUUCCAACGCAAGUAGCAGGAAGAAUAAAACAAACUACGUGGGUGUCAUUUGUACUAAUUGCAAUGUUGGUGAAAUUGCCGAAGACGCAAUCGAAACGGCAAAAUAUAUAAGUGAAGAGUACUAUGGGUUAUUUGAGGCACCAGAGAUCAAGCUUAUUGCACCUCAACAAGAUAUUAAUUUUAUGUAUGUGCCAGGACAUUUGAUUCAUAUGUUGUUUGAAACAUUGAAAAAUUCACUUCGUGCAACAAUAGAAUUUCAUACACCUAGACUUAAAAAGAAGUACAUGGAAGAGCAUCCAAACACCAAGUAUGAUGAAAUCGAUUUGAAUGAUCUUGUGUUUCCGGCAAUUAAAGUAAUCAUUUCGGAAGGAACCGAAGAUAUCGCGAUAAAGAUUAGUGAUGAAGGUGGUGGAAUACCACGGUCUUCAUUACCUCUUAUUUGGACAUAUCUUUACACUACAGUGGAUGAAACACCCAUACUUGACCAAGAGUAUAAUCAAUCCAGUUUCAAAGCUCCAAUGGCUGGAUUUGGAUACGGAUUACCUAUCAGUAGGUUGUACGCCCAGUAUUUUGGAGGAGACUUGAAAUUGAUUUCAAUGGAAGGUUACGGAACUGAUGUUUAUUUACACUUGAAUAAACUAUCAAGCUCCAAUGAACCUUUGCCCUGA